AUGAGCGGCGAGUCUGUACCAUCGUCUUUUGACGAUCACCCACAAUUCCGCGAGGAAUCUGGCGCUCAAAAAUUUACCAGACGAAUCAAGGAAGAACCCCUCAUUCCACUCGGCUGCGCCGCAACAUGUUACGCCCUCUACCGCGCCUACCGAUCAAUGCGAGCCGGCGACUCAGCUGAAAUGAACCGCAUGUUUCGCGCCCGUAUCUUCGCGCAGGCAUUUACUCUCGUCGCACUCGUGGCCGGCGGAAUGUACUACAAGACGGAGCGGAAGCAACGGCGGGAAUUCGACCAGGCGGUGGAAGAGCGCAAGUCGCAGGAGAAGCGCGAUGCCUGGCUGCGUGAGCUGGAAAUUCGUGAUGAGGAGGAUCGCGAGUGGCGCGAGCGUCAUGCGGCUUUUGAGGCGGCGGCCAAGGACGGUGUGAAGAAGGUUGAGCAGCCUGAUGCGGCUCGUGCGGCGAUUGAGCCUGCGGAUGAGAAAUCCGUGGGCGUUCUGGAUGCUGUGAAGGUUUUGCUGGCGAGUCGGAAGUAG